AUGCUCGAAAGUGGCGUCGAUGUUGAUGUCGAUGCCGUCGCAAGGAGUGGCCACCAGUCGGACAUGCGCACUGUUUGCUGCGCCAAGGUGGCCGCCGGGGCUACCGUGGUCGCAGGUAGCGACAUCGAAAUAUUCAUGCGCCGUUGGAAAAACCCCGGGAAAACCAGAACGAAACGUGCCAGAACUGCGUUCUCGAGCCAUCAAUUGCUGGAGCUGGAACGCGAAUUCCAUCUCAAUAAAUAUCUGACUCGACCACGUCGCAUACAGAUUGCUCAGAGCCUAUCCCUAACCGAAAGACAAGUCAAAAUUUGGUUCCAGAAUCGUCGUAUGAAAUGCAAGAAAUUGGCAAAUAGACAGCCGGGCAAGAGGCAACUACAGGCCGAUUAUUUAAUGAAUCAGGAAGGUCCCGAACCAAAUAAGCUAAUAGUGGAGCGUCUCUUGCAAUACGCAAGCGUCACUCCAUCUGAGCUCCAGCAUUACAAUGAGGCUGCCAUCAGCCCGCCACAGGCAUGCUGGGAUAAUCAAAAUGUGGAUUUGGAUUCGAUUGUCUCCAAUGGAUACAGUUCUGAUUCCCAAGCAAAUCCGAAUUUGUUCUUUGAUAUGACUGAUGCAUAUCCCACUAGCGUUUCCAACUACGAUCUCUCUCCAUCUAUGGAUUACUGCCGGACCGAUGACACAUCCCCGUGGAGCAAUUGUAAUUGGUAUGGAAAGGAAUUAGACACCUCUACAUACCUUGCACCACCAAGUCCUGAAAGCAUUGGCCAAUUCCCAUGCUUUUCGGAAAACAACAUUCGCUGGAACUCAAAUAGUUCUUUGGCCACAUCCACAUCGUCCUUCUCGAGUGAAACCCUAGACAUAGAUCACGAUUUCAUACAAAAUUUAUUGGACUUUUAGUUUAAGUAAUUAUUGAUUAUUAUAGGAACUUAUUUAAUGAAUGGAAUGCAAUAUUAAAAUAGUCUAAGCUUUAAUUAAACUAGUUCCGUUAAG